AGCACCUGUCGUGUUUGUGGCUGGGGAUUCAGUGGGAGGGGUCAUUAUUUGGCAGGGAGCGGCAGAGAGACGAGCAUUUCCUAGAUACCCACAGCAACGCGUGGAUUCAUUCUGCUUCCAUCACUUCAGAGGCGAGCCGGCGGAUUUUUUUUAGGUGUUGUUUCAACUUACUGGCCAGGUUUGGAAAGCCGCCCAUUUGGAAAUAAAUCACACCAUCGUAUUUUCCUCGGAAGUGUUUUGUUCCUGCACCGGGGCUGUCACCACUGAAGAGUAAACAUGACGAGUGCUACGUCCCCAGUCUUGCUAAAAUGGGACCCCAAGAGUCUUGAGAUUCGCACACUGACUGUGGAGAGGUUGUUGGAGCCACUGGUCACACAGGUGACCACCCUGGUCAACACCAGUAACAAAGGCCCAUCCAGUAAGAAAAAGGGCCGCUCUAAGAAGGCGCAUGUGUUGGCUGUGUCCGUGGAGCAGGCGACCCAGAACUUUUUAGAAAAGGGCGAGCAGAUUGCUAAGGACAGCCAGGACCUAAAGGAGGAGCUUAUCGCAGCUGUAGAGGACGUCCGCAAGCAAGGUGAGACGAUGCACGUGGCCUCCUCAGAGUUCGCGGAUGACCCCUGCUCCUCUGUGAAGCGUGGGACCAUGGUCCGUGCCGCCCGCGCCCUCCUGUCUGCUGUCACUCGCCUUCUCAUCCUGGCGGACAUGGCUGAUGUCAUGAGGCUCCUGGCUCACCUCAAGAUCGUGGAAGAAGCUCUAGAAGCUGUCAAGAACGCCACCAACGAGCAGGACUUGGCCAAUCGCUUUAAGGAGUUUGGGAAAGAGAUGGUCAAACUGAACUAUGUUGCUGCUCGUAGACAGCAGGAGCUGAAGGACCCUCAGUGCAGGGAUGAGAUGGCGGCAGCUCGAGGAGCUCUUAAGAAGAACGCCACCAUGCUCUACACUGCCUCCCAGGCCUUCCUGCGCCACCCCGACGUGGCUGCUACACGUGCCAACCGUGACUACGUCUUCAAACAGGUCCAAGAGGCCAUCGGUGGCAUCUCCAGCGCUGCCCAGGCCUCCUCGCCCACCGACGAGAAGCACGGACACGCUGGCAUCGGCGAGCUGGCAGCCGCUCUCAAUGAGUUUGACAAUAAGAUUAUUCUGGAUCCGCUAACAUUUAGUGAGGCUCGCUUCAGGCCAUCACUGGAGGAACGUCUGGAGAGCAUCAUUAGUGGCGCCGCCCUCAUGGCUGACUCCUCCUGCACACGCGACGAUCGCCGUGAACGCAUCGUAGCCGAGUGCAACGCCGUGCGCCAAGCCCUGCAAGACCUGCUGAGCGAGUACAUGAACAAUGUAAGUGCCUAAAUAUGUCAUUAUUUA